UUCUUGAUUUAAUUAAUGAAAACAAGUCACAUGACUACUUAUUGUUUCACUUCACUUAAUUCCGGAAAUAUUGUCAGUGAGGAAUCAUAACUCUGUCAGGUGAGAGAGAUGGACGCACCAUGUUCCCUGUUACUUUUUACGUGUUUGAUAUCCUGUGUUACUGGUCAAUCUAUUGACGCUAUAGUAAAUGAAGCUGUAGAGACUGCCUUUAGUGGUGGAACAGGAGGUUUAGGCGGGGCUGGUCUACAGCAGGCUGCCUUUGGAGGUCCAGUAGGGGGCACCCCAGCUCUAGGGGCUGCUCCAACAGCAGGACAAAUUCCAGCAAGUCGAACUGCUGACGGCAGGGCCCCUAGACCAGUGGGAGGAAGGGGCUCGGGUGCUGCCCGGGCACUUUCCAGGUUCUCCCAAAGUAAUUCCCCGGCUACAAAUGCCCUCCUGAGUGAUCGAUCAACAAGGGCUUCGUUUGCCUCAAGAAGGAUUGCACAAAGUUUAGCUGGAGGUACCGGAGCAGCUUUUCAGGGUGGCAUGGGAGGGACUCAGGGGGAUAUGGGAGUGGCACUACAGCGAGCUGCCCAAGAUCAAGAAAUCGCAGCAAGCUUUCAACGAGCAUUUGAUCGGUUUUGCUAUGAGAUGCCGGCAUGUGAUGUAAGUGAUCCUUACAGAAGAACAGACGGACAAUGUAAUAAUUUGUUUGAACCUCUGCUGGGAUCCGCACUCACGCCCCAACAGCGUGUUCUACCUGCAGCGUAUGACGACUUCAUCGACACCCCUAGGACCCGCUCUGUCACUGGUGGACGCCUUCCUAGUGCUCGAACAGUCAGUAACAAUGUCUUUCAGUAUCUGGGAGGGGGCAUGACCCCCGUCAGUGCCACUUUCUCCACCUACCUCACUCACCACGGACAGUUCAUUGAUCAUGACGUUAUCGCCACGCCCUCCGAACAACUUGGAACUGUGGAUAAUCCCCGGGCUAUUUUAGACUGUUGUUUUCCGGUGAAUGAGAAGCCAGAUGCCUGCUUUAACAUAUUUGUUCCUCAACCAGACCCAUUCUUCCCGCCUGAUCGAUACUGUAUGAACUUCGUUCGUCAUGCAGGUGCUCCUCCCUUAAGAUGUGAAAACGGUGUCCGCCAACAAAUAAAUCAGAGAACAGCUUUCGUCGAUGGUUCUAUGGUUUAUGGAUCUGACAUCAAUCUUGAGCGAGACUUGAGAUCAGGAGUUUAUGGAAGGCUGGCAGAAAACUUUCAGAAUCUUCUUCCGCCUCACCCAGAAGGAUGUCCAGCAGAAAUCAUGACUAAUUUUCACUGUUUUAUAGCAGGAGACCACAGACCCAGCGAGACACCAACUCUAACUAUUCCGCACAUCACGUGGUUGAGACGUCAUAAUCUCAUUGCUGACGCAUUAAGACAAGCCACGGGCAUCACGCAUGACGAGACUCUUUUCCAGGAAGCAAAGAGGAUAUUAAUAGCAGAGCUUCAACAUGUAACAUACAACGAAUUUCUACCCGCCGUCCUUGAUAAUUUCCAUAUGAUUGCUUUCAAUCUAAGAUCAAGACCAUUCGGACAUGCUAAUGUUUACAGCCCUCAAAUUGAUCCAAGAACAAUAAAUGCAUUCGGUGUAGCAGCCUAUCGUAUGGGUCACAGUUUGGUGAGAAAUACCGUAGGUCACGAUAGGGGAUUAGGAAAUGUCCAGACAUUCCCUGUAAGCCAACAUUUUGAACGCCCUGAUCUAAUGUUUAAUAACGGAUAUGAAUUUAUGGCUCGUUGGAUGUCACGGGAACCAAAGUCUAGGUCUGACAGAUUUCUAGUUGAUGGAAUCAGAAAUAGAUUGUUUGAAUUUCCACCUGUUCCUGGUAUGCACCCAUCAGAAACAUUAUCUUUUGAUCUGGGAGCUUUGAACGUACAAAGAGGCCGAGAUCACGGUAUACCCUCCUACAACGCGUACAGAGAAUUCUGUGGACUUCGAAGAGCAGUUUUGUUUGCUGCUGUCCCUGGGGGACUGGUAGAUCAUACUCCACAGGCAGCAUCUGCACUUCAGCGAACUUAUAGUCACCCUGAUGAUAUUGACCUCUUUGCCGGUGGGAUAUCUGAGACUCCUCGACCAGGAAGCAUUCUAGGACCUACCUUCCAAUGUCUAAUAGCCUUCCAGUUCAGUCUAUACAAACAUGGUGACCGUUUCUGGUAUGAGCGCACUUUCCAAGAAAAUCCACUGGCCGCUUUUACGCAAGCUGAAUUAGAAACAAUUAAGCAGACAAGGUACUCAAAGAUUCUGUGCUCAGUAGUGAAAAAUAUUCCUGGCACUGUCCAUUCCUUCCAACCAAGUCUGAUGUUACGUCCUAACAUUCCAGGGAAUUCCCCGCUCCCAUGCAAUAUUAUUUUGCAAGGAAAUCGUCUUGGGUUUGACAUAACACCAUUUGCACGACAGCUUUUGCGAUUAGGCGGCCGGAGACGUCGAGGUCAAAUUCCGUGGGGCCCAAGUCCAAUAAAUCCAGCCAUGCGCGGCAUUCUUCAGACUGCUACAGCGCUAAAUGAUGACGCAGGGUUUAUAUCUUUGAUGAAUAAAGGAAGUUCGAUCCCGAGCGGAAGAAGAGUAACACAGAGAACCAAAGUAUAUUAAUAAUAAAAGAAUAUAUUGCAUCACUGCCA